AUGGCCACCACGGCGACCGAGGCGGCCAAGGCCGCGCCGGCGGAGCAGGCCAACGGCGAGCAGAAGACGCGCCACUCCGAGGUCGGCCACAAGAGCCUGCUCAAGAGCGACGACCUCUACCAGUACAUCCUGGACACGAGCGUGUACCCGCGGGAGCCGGAGAGCAUGAAGGAGCUCCGCGAGAUCACCGCCAAGCACCCAUGGAACCUGAUGACGACCUCCGCCGACGAGGGCCAGUUCCUCAACAUGCUCAUCAAGCUCAUCGGCGCCAAGAAGACCAUGGAGAUCGGCGUCUACACCGGCUACUCCCUCCUCGCCACCGCGCUCGCCCUCCCGGAGGACGGCACGAUCUUGGCCAUGGACAUCAACCGCGAGAACUACGAGCUGGGCCUGCCCUGCAUCGAGAAGGCCGGCGUCGCCCACAAGAUCGACUUCCGCGAGGGCCCCGCGCUCCCCGUCCUAGACGACCUCAUCGCAGACGAGAAGAACCACGGGUCGUUCGACUUCGUCUUCGUGGACGCCGACAAGGACAACUACCUCAACUACCACGAGCGGCUGCUCAAGCUGGUGAAGCUGGGGGGCCUCAUCGGCUACGACAACACGCUGUGGAACGGCUCCGUCGUGCUCCCCGACGACGCCCCCAUGCGCAAGUACAUCCGCUUCUACCGUGACUUCGUGCUCGUCCUCAACAAGGCCCUCGCCGCCGACGAGCGCGUCGAGAUCUGCCAGCUCCCCGUCGGCGACGGCGUCACCCUCUGCCGCCGCGUUAAGUGA